AUGCACGUAUAUGACUCCGAUGAAGGCCAGUUUUUCCUAUACUGUGAAAAGCUCAAACUUAUGACAACUGUCAUUCAGAAACGGGGUCCGAAACCAGCGCAACGUUUGACUGGGGUACCGUCAGACUUACCGGGACGCAGAUACAAUGCUAGCUACGUGGCAGAAUUGGAACGACGCGCCGACUAUUUGGAGUGCGUGCUUAAAAAGCACAAUCCGGAUAUCAUUUUACCUGAAGGAAGUCUUUCCGAGAUGGCCGAACUUGACGACGACUUUACUCAUCUGGACCUUGGGGCAAAAAUGAAGAAUUUAUCAUUGGAGUGCGACAAAGCUCUCAGCGAGAGGUGUUUCGGUCCCUCAAGUGCUUUGGCGCUUUUUAUGACUGCCCUUUCUACCAAAAAGAAGGUGACCGGUAGCUUGAAUACGAUGCAACUACAAGACUAUUCCGAUUUAUAUCCUUGGGAGCGCGCUACAGCCCACACCGAAACUAUUGAAACAGGUUACUCCUUUCCUGACGACGAUCUUAUCAUGAGCCUCGUUGAUAUAUAUUUCGAAACGAUCCAUCCAAUUCUUCCAAUCCUGCAUCGACCUACAUUCACGAAAGACAUCACGAAUGGGUUACAUCUACGGGAUGAAAACUUUGGUGCUACACUACUUUUUGUGUUAGCUGUUGCGUCGCGUCAUUCUGACGACCAGAGGGUAUUGGCCGAUCCUAGCUCGAGGCUUUCUGCAGGAUGGAAAUUCAUCGAGCCAAUUGCCUGUCUUCAGGAAAGUGGUAUCGCGUCCCCCCUGUUUGACUCAAAGUGUCUUCGGAAGCUCGCCGUGGUAUACACUUUAGGAACUUCCAUCCCUGAUUUUAGCUCGACGGCAGUUGGGCUCGGACUACGCUACGCAGUAGAAAUCGGAUUGCAUCGGAAGAAGCCCAAGGGUCAUAAGCAGACACUCGAUGAUGAACUUAAGAAGCGAUCCUUUUGGGCACUUGUAACACUUGACAGACUAUUCAAUCUAUGCGAUGGACGGCCUAUUAUGAUGCAUGAGGAAGAUAUUGACGCAGAGCUACCAGUUGAAUGUGAUGACGAAUACUGGGAUAUUCGUUUAGAUGGAGAAGUCUGUUUUUGCCAACCGGCCAACAAGCCUUCCAAAAUCAGUUAUUUCAACGCGCAAAUACGGUUAAGCGGGAUAAUGGCCGUUGUUACGAGGAAUUUGUAUUCUAUCAAGAAAGGCCGAGACAGAUUGGGCUUUACAAGGAACGAUGAGCAGCACAUCGUUUCUGACAUAGAUUCUUCCAUGAAUGCUUGGACGAACUCCAUUCCCGACCAUUUACGCUGGGAUCCCGAAUGUGACGAUACGUUGUUCUUGCACCAAUCAGCGGUUCUAUAUAGCACCUACUAUGUGCUCCAAAUAUUCGCACAUCGACCCUUUCUACGCACGGAUUCUUCCCUGUCCGCGCCUUCUCUCAUUAUAUCUACGGCGGCAGCCAGAUCCAGUUCUCGAAUCCUACAGGUUCAUUUGACAAGAAUAAAGAUUAUCACGCCCCACCUUCUGACAACAGCCUUUAUGGCAGGUGCUGUACUGGCUAUGAACAUCUGGAGUAGCAAACGAGCGGGCUAUUCCCCAAACACAGAAGACCUGACUGGCUAUGAACGGUGUCUAGCCACCCUCAUAGAUGCUUCCGAUACAUGGAAUAUUGCGGGUCGUUCACUGAAGAUGUUCAAGGGCAUGGCUUCCUCUGAGACUGCCGGUGUUUUAGAUGGCACUUUGAUUCACGCUUCACAUCACCGGGAAACUGCCGCUCCUGUACCAGCUUCCCACCUGGGGCUGCGUACUGGGCUAUACCAAACGCCCCACAUGAACAAGCCCAGCAAUCUGGUACCGGUGUCCCCCCCUCCUUCAGUCUGGAUGUCUGCUGACGAGUCCGCUUCUACAGAUCUAGCGUACUUGAACAGUUCUUUACCGACCCACCUAGGCACAGACUUGCCCUUAGACCUGACGAAUGAGAACCCUUCGAGUUCGUUCCAGCCGUUAUCCUUCGAUAUUUCAGAAUCAGAGAUACCUGGUGGGCUAGAGGCUAUCAACAUGUGGACUUCUGCACCUCCAGGAUUUAGCUUUGCGGCAUGGGACUCAUAUAUUACCAAUAUGGAUUUCGAGAAUGGGCACUUAUAG